AAAAGAGACGCUAACUAUGUAAGUAUGUGCGGCACAUAAGAGUACAUGAUAAAAUUUAAUUUUUGAAAACAAUUACAUAAGGAAUGCAUUGGCGAUGAAAAGCCAGCCACACAAAUUGAAUUUAAAAGGAAGGUUAGUAACACCUCAAGAUUGGGCACGAUUUGACACAUGGGCAAAAGAGAAUGCAAAACCUAAAAAGCUAAUAGUCCAAAAAGACGUAUUCCGGAAAUCUAAGCCACUAUUUUGUCUGAUACCGCGACUGACAAUUCUCGCGGAGCCCAAGAGAGACUUCAACGAAUUUCCUUGCAUCACUCGCCUCCUCUGCAGCCGCACCCUUAAAUUCAAGGCCACCAGGCGAUUGAAGCGGCUCGCCAGGCCGCGAUGUCCAAAGUUCGGCAACAACUGCAAGAAAUGGGGUGUGAGGUGCCCGGCGUUGUUCUACAACGCCACCGACCUCAUUAUCAAGCUCAGUCAGCCGAAGAAGCGAAACGAGCCGGAUGAUUGCAAGCUGGCAAACGCGACUCCACGAGGCUGGAUAUGCGUGCCGAAUGACAGGACCAAUAUGCUCGCCCAGCCGAAGGGCUUAAUUAACGAGACCUUCUUAUCGAAGGACAUGAUUUGCUAUGCCGCAAAGCCGACGAAGAUAUCACCGUGGGUAGACUUUUUAGCAUUACCAUCUUACAAAAUGUUAAAGGAUAAUGAAUCCGAAAACGCGAUCAAAAUGAAACAGAGAAUUGUAGAAGAACUUAAAGUAAGGGGUAAACAAGCAUUAAGUAAACAAAGGCAAAAGGAAGGAGUAGAUUAUGAAUAUUUAUCGAGAACAAGUGAGAAAGAAGAGGAUGCGGAAGAAAAUAAGAAGAUGAAAGAUCAUCAAACGGAUAAAGACUCCUGGCGUUUUGUUAAUACGAAAUGUAAAGAAUUUCCACCAAAAAUUUCAAAAAGUGCAUUAAACCACGAAGCAUCCGAGUUAACAACAAAACUGGCUCAACCAAGGAUAAGGAAAAUGAAAACUUGUAGGAAAGAUCCACUUAAAGUUAAAGAAUCGGCGAAAAACGCACAAUCCACUCCAAGAUUAGAUAAUUUAGCAAAGCCAAAAUACGUUAGCCAACCAGUUGUAAAAGAUAAGCCACGAGAAAGAGAUGAAUACGACCGGCCCAUAUUUGUAAUACCGCUAUAUCAACGAGUAUUACCAAAAGCUAAACCAUACAAGCUAGCUGAAUGCAAACAAGAUAAUGAAGAUGAAACUGACGAGAGGAGAGAAAAUAGGGAAAACGAAGAGAGAGAAAGGAAAGAAGAAAAAAGGCUUUGUAAAGAAAUUAAUAAAAUUAUUUGCGCACCCACGAUAGAUCCGCUAUAUGAUCCUGUUGGAGCUGAACGACAGAUGAAAGAAAGAAAACGCGCAUUUAAAAAACAAAGGAGAAUUGUAUUCCUGAAUUCUAAUGAAAAUUUAUAA